GGCGCUCGGGUCAUCUGCAACAACAUCCCGGCUCUGGUCAACAAGCAGCGGCAGCUCUGCCAGCGCCACCCCGACAUCAUGCAGGCCAUCGGGGAGGGAACCAAGGACUGGAUCCGGGAGUGUCAGCACCAGUUCCGCCACCAUCGCUGGAACUGCACCACGCUGGAGCGAGACCACACCGUCUUCGGGCGGGUUCUACUGAGAAGCAGCCGUGAAGCGGCCUUCGUCUAUGCCAUCUCAUCGGCCGGGGUGGUGUAUGCACUGACGCGCGCCUGCAGCCAGGGGGAGCUGAAGACGUGCAACUGCGACCCACACAGGCGCGGCCGCUCCAGCGAUGGGCGAGGAGACUUCGACUGGGGGGGCUGCAGCGACAACAUCAACUACGGAAUCAAGUUUGCCAAAGCUUUCAUCGACGCCAAAGAGCGGACGGUGAGAGACGCGCGAGCGCUCAUGAACCUGCACAACAACCGCUGCGGCCGAACGGCUGUGAGGCGCUUCAUGAAGCUGGAGUGUAAGUGUCACGGCGUCAGCGGCUCUUGCACACUGAGGACGUGCUGGAUGGCCAUGUCGGACUUCAGGAAGACCGGAGACUUCCUGAGGAGGAAGUACAACGGUGCCAUUGAGGUGACGAUGAACCAAGAUGGCACCGGCUUUGCGGUCGCCAACAAAGCCUUUCGGAAGGCCACCAAGAAUGACCUGGUCUACUUUGAGAACUCACCAGACUAUUGCCUGCAGGACCGGUCAGCAGGAUCUUUGGGCACAGCGGGCCGGGUCUGCAACAAGACCUCUCGUGGGACAGAUGGCUGCGAGGUCAUGUGCUGCGGGCGGGGCUACGACACCACCCGCAUCAUGCAGAUCACCAAGUGCGAGUGCAAGUUCAAGUGGUGCUGUGAGGUGGAGUGCAAGGACUGUGAGGAGGCUGUGGACGUUCACACCUGCAAGGCGCCCAAGCGUGCCGAGUGGCUGGAGCUGACCUGAGCCGGACCCGAGGCCCGCUCCCGCCCCCAGCCGUUCAACCUUCUUUUGCCCUCUUUUCCUGCACGGCCGCUGCAUGGCUUCUCGGCGGGAUGGACCCAGCCUCCAGGAGUCACCCAGGCCCACUCUGCUGCUUCCUUGCUGCUGGUGUGGCACUGAAGGGCCGGCCGGCCGACUGGAUCCCCUCUGCUGUUUGGUUUCAAACUCCUCUGUGGAUGAGGCUGCACUACUCGGAGGAGAGAACUACUGCCGUAAUGACCACUGACUCCAGGUUCCGGGUGUGACCCUGAAGACUGCUGAAGUCCGUGACGUGUCUUUCU